UUCAGAGAGUCCGUAAGAAAAGACUGAGAAAGACCUCCACUGAAAGAGAGAGGAUGGCAGUGAAUCAGUUGGUUCUCCUUGUCGGCGUACUGCUGUCACUCACUGGAGCAGCCUCCUCACUGAGGACCCUGAACACAGUAAAGGAGCUGAACGACACAGGCUUUGGCAGUCCACCACCCAGGCAUGGCUACGUACUCCUGCUCUGGUAUGUGCAAAAUUGUGUCGACAACAACAUGGUGUCCCUCUGCAACCCCAAGGAUGGGGAAUAUGGCUUCCACUACUUCCGCAACAACGGCAAGAGUGGUCCUCUGCUUCCCAAACUGGACAAGCACGACGAAUACGCCUACUACAGCCUGGGAAACCUCAACUCCCACCACUACAAGCAUGCCCAGGACCUGCCAUAUGAGGUCAGGAGAUACUACGAUAAACAUGACCCGCGCAGCAACAUGGACAGACUGCUGGUGAAGUAUUUCUACAAUAAGAAUCUUAUCGAGGAGAUCUACGUCUCGGCUCACUACGAGAGCUCGCAGACCUACCUGAUCGGACCGUCUCUCGUUUCAGAUCUCAGACACAAGAGGGCUUUGCAUCAACCUCCAUCUAAACAGUGGCACUUCACAAUUGUGCAAUCCAACAACAAUCGCUAUGAUGAAACUAUGUGAUAGAUGUCAUUCAAACAUUAGAUACCUUGUUCGUCAUAAUAUUGUUCAUAACAAUGUCACAUAUUCGUAUAACAAUCGCACAACAGUGAAGGACUGUUUGUCUGAAGUCACAUGCAAGCUGUUUAUCAUAUCUUUAAAGCCUAAUCAAACUUAAAAUCAAAUCAAAGCCUAAUCAAACUGUCUUUGAAAUUGAUGAAAUGCUUUGCUUUUACAAACUUGCAUUGAUUUUGUGAGAUCCUGGUUGGGAACUGUGCAACAUAUACUCAAUUGUUAACUGUCAUGCUCAUGUCAAAUGCUACACUACGCUUCUGACUACAUCGAACAAAAUGUAUAGCCUCUCGCUUAGGAGUCAAAAGCAUCAGGCAGAGCUCUGUAGGAACAGCCUUUAAUUGACAGGUUGACUUGAUGACUGAGCUACUUGUUUAUUCAUUGUGAGAGUGCUGUUGCUGGAGGUUUGCCUGGAAAGGCCGAUGCAAUUCUCUUGUUCUUUUAUCCCAUAGCCCUGUCAUGACUAAGUGAUUGGUGGUGCUGGUGGUACUGACUGAGGGAGGUGAUGCAUUAAAAAUGAGUGUACAGCC